CUGCGUUUAUUCGCGUAAACUUGAGCGCUCAUAGCGCCCAGUGAUUUUUGAGUUACUCGUCAGACGAGAGAGGUCACGAGCAAGGAAAGACUCGAGGAUCGCGAUCCAGAUAGGACUCGCGACCUGGAAGUCCUUCCUGAGUCCAUGCGGAAGCACGUGGCCUAAGGUCAAGCGUAGUCGGAGGGAUGAGCAAAGGUUGUGGAUUCUGCGGGAUUUAUCCCCGAUGGCUACGAGAUCGAGCCACCCGGAAAAAUUUUAUCGCGGUGUACGGCCUUCUUGGUACUGUGCAGGCAAUGGCCUUUAUUUACAUCGUUGUCACCCUCACGACCUUGGAAAAGAGGUUCAAAAUACCUAGUCGUACAACUGGAUUAAUUCUUUCCGGCAACGAGAUCUCUGAAAUUCUGUCUCUGAUAUUAACCUAUUACGGAGGUUCUGGUCACCGUCCAAGAUGGAUGGCGAUUGGUGUUGGUCUCAGCGCACUCUCGUGUUUAGUUCUCGCACUUCCACAUUUCUUAUACGGACCAGGACGAGAUGCCUUAGCACUGACGAAGGAAUACCUUGAUCAAACUUUGCUGAACGCCACCACAGUCUCCCAAGAUCUGACAAUUUGUCCACGUGUCGUUAAACCGGAUCGUUGCGAGGAGGAAACGCUGCUGGAUGUCAGUGUUCUUCCGAGACUCCUUGUUUUUCUUUCUCAGUUCAUUCUUGGGAUUGGUACCACUCUUUAUUACGGCCUUGGCCAAACGUACCUGGAUGAUAAUACGAAAAAGAAAAAUACUCCUAUGCUUUUAGGUUUUACCUUCGCUUUAAGGACAGUCGGACCGGCAAUAGGAUUCCUUCUAGGUUAUGGUUGUCUUAGUUUGUACAUAGAUCCCACUUUAGAUCCUGUAAUUACGAAAAAGGAUCCACGAUGGCUGGGUGCAUGGUGGCUGGGUUGGAUUAUUCUAGGUGCCACUAUGGGUAUAUUUUCUAUUCUGAUAGCCAUGUUCCCACGUCAUUUACCGACUGCGAAAAAUACUGCAAUCGACACUGCCAAGAAGGAUGGUAGUAUUCCCUUGAAAUUGCAUCUGACUAUGCAGGAACAGUAUAUGAAACCGAUGGAACCAAGAAAGUCGAUAGAGAUCGAAUAUAUUCCAACUAUGCGUGAAUUUCCGAAAGCAAUGAAGAGGUUACUGACAAACUGGCUGUUGACUUUUAACAAUCUAAGCGCAGUAUUCUACGUGCUGGGUGCAUCAGCCUAUGUAACAUUUUUGGCAAAAUAUCUCGAGGUCCAAUAUAGCACCUCAGCUGCUGGUGGCACCGUGAUCGCAGGUCCUAUAUCGCUCGUUGGUAUGAUACUAGGGUUUCUGCUUUCUGGGCUAGUCAUUAGCAAAUUCAAACCUAGUCCCAGACCGUUGUUAGCGUGGAACGUAUUCGUCGGUGUUUGUUUCGUCGCUGGUCAGAUACUCUUUAUAUUCCUCGGUUGCUCUGAUAUCGGUAUCGAAGGUCUCAACCUAGAAACUAUGCAAAUGAACCUGACAUCUAAUUGUAAUAUUGAUUGCAACUGUGAAGGUGUGAAAUAUUCUCCUGUUUGCCACGUAGAAUCGAAGACAACGUUUUUCUCUGCUUGCCAUGCCGGUUGUCAGACGAUAAUAAACGACAAGGAAUUUGGCAACUGCAGUUGUCUUCCCUUACUGGAUACGUCGAGUCUCAGGAGCCAUUUCGAUUAUACCACCGAUGGCCACUCGAAGGACCAAUCGAUCUACGUGGAUGACGCUCAUAUGAUGAAUUUUGACAAAGUCAGAGCUGGUCCAUGUACAAACGACUGCAGCGGCCCUUAUGUACUCUUCAUAGUUCUCACUUGCAUCAUACACACAUUGGCGUGUUCUGGAAAAAUUGGUAAUGUCCUGGUGAAUUAUCGCAGUGUCGACAAAAAGGAUAAAAGCUUCGCUCAGGGUAUCACAUUGAUGACUAUUUCCUUAUUCGCGUUGAUACCGGGGCCAAUUAUUUACGGAGCCAUUAUCGACUCAACUUGCUUGAUCUGGGAAGAGUCUUGCGGAACCAAAGGCAACUGUUGGUUCCAUCAUGGAAGAAACUUCCGGUAUUUAGUUAAUAUAACAUCAGCAGGAUUCUCGAUGAUAGGAGUGUUGUUCGAUGCAGCAGUUUGUUAUCUCGGGAAGAAUUUGGAUCUUUAUGGCGCCCAAGAAAGCGACAAGCGUCGCGAAUUUAUUAAAGAAGACGACCCUCCGCAAACUGCCGACGGGAAGAAGAAAGAAAUGAACGGAAAUGUAAACUGAAAGACAAUAGGGCAAUAAUCGUUCUUACCGAUUACGAGUCAACAUGUUCCACACAAAAUUCCAGAUUAGAUCGUUACGUGAAUUCGAUUAAUUUCCAUAACUAAUGUCGAUGGUGGAGAUGGUCUCAAGUAUCAGAUUGCAUAGGGGCAUCUUUCAAAUACAUCUCGGGUGUCCUGUCGAAUAGUUAGCUGAAAAGUGAAUCACAGAUUAGAGUAAAAUUCAGAGCAAUCAAAUAUACGUUGAUUUAUUCCUUUGAAAUGGCAUUCCAGACUGCUGAAAUAUUUGCACGAUUGUACAGCGUUAUUCCUAUCUAUUUGUAAAUAAAAUACGAAUUUUUAUUAAAUUUCUGACCGUGUAUAUCGUUCUUCUGAUCAUCAAAUGUUUUUGUGCAAGUAGAUGGUUAAAAUUGAUUUUCAAGGAAAAUCGCACUUUCUCCGUUAAAUCUACGGCAAACAAAAUAUAAUACUCGACGAGACAGAAACGUUUGAUCGAACUGAAAUGAAAACAAGCAGGUAUGUAUAUUUUGCCAUCAGAUGCGUUUUUUUCCUUCGCACGUAACAGUUCAUCGAAUUCUUUAAAAAGCGAAUUGCAUAAAACCGAU